AUGGUAAAUCUUAUGCAAGAAAGGGGUCAUAGCGUCUUCUUAUCAGAGGGGCAGGGUCUGCUAUGGACCCCUGCACAUGACCUCACUUCCUUGGCGACAGGUCCAAACAGAACUCGGAACCCUCGAGUUACCGGACACCACAGUCUCACGACGGCUGGCUCACAGUCACUUGGCUGGAGACAGCGAGCAGUGAACACGCUGUGCUGCCUGCCCAGGCCUCGAGGCCGCAGCCUCAGGACCCCUCGCAGGGAAAGCACUUGGGAACGAGUGAGAGGAUGGAUGACUAAGUCCAGGCGCAACAGGCCACUGGGCAGGAACCGCCCUGCCCUCGUGGACAGCACAGGGCAGGCCUCACCAGACCCGGCGACCGAUGACCUUGAGAUGAGAGCGAGCCCAGGCGAGGUGUCCCCGGGCCUGGCCAUCAGACGCGUAGAGCCACUGAGUCCAGGACAGGAACACUUAGGCCUGGCCGUCACUAUUGGAAAUCUGGAGGCCCAGAGCUUGGAUGAGGUCUGCAUGGUGAGGGCCGCAUGGGCAAGCAUGCCGUCCCCCCUGACGGAGGACUUCCUGGACAGCUACUCCAUUUAUGACAGCUCCUUCCCGGAGUCCGCUGAGUCUUGCAUUUCCUUCCUGUGGGAGGGGAUGCUGGGAAGCUCCGUGUCGUCUUCCCUUAACUCCUUAUUAGAGCUGCAUGACCAGGGGGAUUCAGCAGAUGAACUUCUCCUGGACCCACAGGAGCACGCUGAGCCCGGGGAGGCAGAGCCCCAGAGUGAGGAGGACUGGGCUGCGGGGCCAGCUCUAGCCCAACUUGAAGUCGCACCUGUAGAGUGUGUGCCAGCUCCACUUUUAGCUCCCUCAUCGGCUCUGACACCACAGCCAGAGCCAGCGCCAGGAGCCCCUUCUCCACCAGCUGCACAGCUGGGGGUCCCUACGGAUGCACGCCAGGCAUCAGUUCCUGAGCUCCAGCUGGGCCAAACUACUGCCCCACCCCUGCCAUUCCCGUCCAUUACUACUUACAGUCCCAGUGUGGCAGCUCUUAGUGGUAUAGCAAGAUUAGGCCAAGAAGAAUCAAGAACGUACCCGGGGGUUGGAGGUGGCUGCUCGCCCGAGGAGCAAGGACAUGGACGGUGCAGACCGGUUGUGGCCGCAUCGUUCCCCCUUUCAACAAUACAGAUAUUUGCUCUGAGCUACAGGUAUCAUCCUUCAGCUGUGUCAAAUCUCAUGAUGACAGUUUCUGAGGAAGCCCAGGAUUGGCCCACUUCUGUCUGCCUUUGUAUUGAAACCAGGGAGAAAGUGAUAGAAUUGAAGGAAACUGCUCCUGUACCACUGUGGAGGAAGGAAGGACAGGGCAAGAGAAGGCUGGUCUCUCCGGGGGUACAACCCUCUGGGCAGAGCUUCCCGGCAGGACCUCGGCGCACCCAGACAGGCUCCGCCCCGAACGCCUGGCUCUGCCCCCGGCGCGAGGCUCAGAAAGCCCGGAACUACAGUUCCCAGAAGACUGUGCGAGCCCAGGAGGGAAGCGGUGUCCGUUGCAGGAAAGGCACGCGAGGGGUCGGCGGCCGUGGGUGUCCGGGUUUCGAGUGGUGUGUCCCGAGGCCGCCGGGCGCUGUGCUCAGAGGACGCGGCCCUGUGUAG